GCCAGUCAGUGUCAGUACGGCAGUACUAGCACGCAGUACGUUGGUAGACGUAGCCCGGUUACGAUAUGCCGAUACGGGAGCGUUUUCGCGUAAUUAUCCUCGCUCUUGUCAGUAUCACGAUUCUCGAUUGUUGCAAUGCUGCGACGACCGACAUCGAGCUCGAUGCCAAAGCACAACAAUUGCACAGGCUCGACAGUCUCAAUCUUUUGUUGUACACAUUUUUAUUAAUUCUCACUGUACUCACCAUUUGGACAUUCAAGCAUCGUAGAUUACGUUUUCUUCACGAGACUGGAUUGGCCGUUAUCUAUGGUCUUAUCAUAGGAGCUAUUAUUCGUUAUGGUUUUACAACAAGCAGCGGAAUUCUUCAUAUGCCAGUGGUCCCUGCAGCGGCUAGCCAAUACAAUGAAUCCAUUCCUCCGGAUUCGCUGUGGCUUGCCUUCCCAGAAAACAAGGGGAGCGGUCACGUGGAGAACAAAACUUUUGCUUACUCAUUCCGUGGAGAAAUUUAUAAAGGGGACAAUGAAAUAGAUCUUAAGGCUACCUUCGAUCCGGAAAUCUUUUUCAACAUCAUUCUGCCGCCAAUCAUUUUCCACGCUGGCUACAGUCUCAAAAGGAAAUACUUUUUCCGAAAUCUUGGAGCGAUUUUGAUGUAUGCGUUACUGGGGACAACGAUAUCCUCAUUCGUCAUAGGGGCUCUGAUGUACGGCUUCAUUCAACUGAUACCGCAUCUCGCUGAAUCGUUCACGUUCCUCGAUACUCUCUAUUUCGGAGCUCUCAUAUCGCCCACCGAUCCACUCACCAUUAUUUCCAUUUUUAAUGAUCUUCACGUCGACGUCAAUCUCUACGCUCUCGUGUUUGGCGAAAGCGUUCUCAACGACGCCGUCGCUAUCGUACUCAGCGGCUCCAUACAAAAUUAUGCGGAACGUUAUCAGUCGGGCUCCGGGAGCUUCGAAACCGUCGCCUUUUUCCAAGCACUCGGAAAUUUCGUUGGAAUAUUCAGCCUCUCGUUGUUCAUUGGCGCGAGCAUGGGAUGCCUCACCGCUUUGCUCACGAAGUUCACAAGAGUUCGGGAUUUUCCGCUCCUAGAAUCGGCGCUUUUCGUUUUGAUGUCGUACAGCACUUUCCUCAUCGCCGAGGCCUCCGAUCUCACCGGCGUGGUUGCUGUAUUAUUUUGUGGUAUUUGCCAGGCGCAUUAUACCUACAACAAUCUCAGUCCGGACUCCCGACAACGAACGAAGCAACUGUUCGAGCUUCUGAAUUUCCUUGCGGAGAAUUUCAUUUUCAGUUACAUCGGCGUAUCGAUGUUCACUUUUCCGAAACAUCACUUCGAUCCUGGCUUCAUUUUCGCAGGAUUUUUUUGUGCACUUCUGGGUCGUGCUGCCAAUGUUUAUCCACUCUCGUUCGUACUGAAUUUGGCGAGAAAGCCAAAAAUACCGAUGAACUAUCAACACAUGCUCUUCUGCGCCGGCUUAAGGGGCGCUAUGAGUUUUGCACUCGCAAUAAGAAACACCGUUUCUGUCGCGAGACAAGCGAUGCUCUCGACCACGAGCCUCAUCGUCAUUCUCACCGUCAUUCUUCAGGGUGGUGGAACCACGCAGUUUCUCAGCUGGUUCAAUAUUCCUGUCGGCGUCGACGAGGAAGUCGAAGGACUUUCGCACUCAAAUGUGAGAAGCUCCGGUGGCGAUGGUGGCUUUGGGAAUCUGGACUUGCGGCGCGAUCAAAGUCCACCGUAUAAUUCUAUGCAGGAUGGCUCUCAAAAUCCGACUGGGAAUGGGCCCGGUAAGCCCAACGAGAAAGCCCUUUUGGCUCGAAUCUGGGGCGAUUUUGACACUCGCUACAUGAAACCGCUCUUGACACACUCGAGGCCAACUCUCCUCGAAACUAUGCCCGUUUGCUGCACACCACUCGCCAGGAUCCUCACCACUGCUCAACAAAUGUCACAGGAUGACGUAACAAGAAAAGUGGAUUCAGACUCGGAUCUGUGUCUGGCGGUGCAAGAAAUGGAUUGGAGCACGAAUAUAGAGCCGAGUUUAUAUCGCGAUGAUGACGAUGAACAAGAGCUGAGAAUCAUCGGAAUGGACGGCUUCAUUCCUUUACGUACACUGUGACGGGAACUAUCCUAUCGAACCAAAAAUCAAUGUUUUUAUUUAUUUUUUAUUUAUAUACGUAUACUUUGGUCAUAAAGAUAUGUAAAUGAAUCGCGAUCGCCGGGAACUCGGAACGCGCGACUGUCCGAAAACCAACAAAAAACACUCACGCCAAAAGUCAAUGUUCCUUAGCGCCUAAGAUUCGGAAAGCUUUUUCUCCCUGGGUCAACAAAAAAUACUGUUUUCUGCGAAUUAUUUCGCAAAAGUGAAUUUUUUGGAACGAUUUUUUCCUACGAAAAUCCAGUUUCAACGCUCCAUUAAUUUUCGAAUUUUUCUGAUGAAACUUUCGGAGGGAACGAACUGUCAAUAUUUUUCAACGAUUCCACACUUCUUGGAAUUCACGAUUCCACCCUUCAAUAAUUUUUUUUCGUUUUUUCGUCCUUUUUUAGACUCGAGGGGAAAAACUUUCUCGGAUAAUAAGAACAAUUCCUAUUUAUUGUUUAAUUUAAUGAAUGUUACAUACACAAGUUAGGUUAAUCGUAAGCUCGCGAGCGACGAAUGCCAAAUUCACACACGGACACGGAUCCGAAAAUACGAUUUUUAUAGUUGAUUUUUCACUGAUUUUUUUUUAUUUCCUUUUUCGAAAAAUUCUGCUUUUUUCUGUGAGAAAAGUGCGAAAAAAUUUAUUCUUCGAUACGUUUGUCACGCAUCGGACAUUAUUUUCGCGGUAACUCUUCGUGUGCGUAUGUCGAUUUAAUUUUAUUCUUAAGACUCAUUGUGUUGUCACGAUUUUCCGACUAUGUAUCAUUAGAAACGAAUUCUGUGAUUUAUUAAUAUAGUACAACUCGUAAAUACGUUUGAACGUAUGAAAAAAACACGUUAAUCAAUUUUCACGAAAUUAUUAUUGGUUGUGUAAUGAUUCUUUACGAAGGGCUUAAAUUCGCCCGGAGAGAUGGAAAAAAACGAUUUUUCAAAUAACUUUCAUAUUUUGUAGUCUCAUCGUUGAUACACGAAGUGUAAAAAGCUUCCAGGAUUAUCUCACGUUUUGAAAGCAUCGACAAAAAAUUUUUGUUUCAAUUUGUAAGCCGAAGCAAGAAAUUUUGAGGAAAAAUUAGCCGGAUCUUGACACUUUUGAGACGAAAAGGAUUCGCUCCUGGAACUUUUCUCCUUUCAUUCUCAUCUUCACAACUCUAGGCAUGUUUUUCUCUCUGAAUGUUGCACGUUUAUCUCCUUUUAUUGAGUUUUAUUAUUUUCGUACGGUCGAAUCGGCGGUUCACUUGUUUAUUUUUUCUUCCGCAGACUCCCAAGGAUCACAAUCGUCCCGUUUAUUAUUCCUGAUGUCUGAGGACGAUCACCAUUUUCUCCAAAUCAUCCCAGUUGUGCGCACCGUUUAUUUGUCCAAGUUUUCUCUUUCGUUUGACCAUCAUUUUGUUCGUUUAUCCGUCUCUUUGUUCCCAAAACAUUGUUUUCUCAUUAUUUUUUGUAUAUUUCUUUUGUAGGCUUUUUAUUUGUGUUUUGGAGAGAGAAAAUCGAUGGGGAGAGAGAAAGAGAGAGAGAGAGCUUUGUUUCGUCGUUUUUCUUCUUAUCGUUUCGUCGUUUUUCAUGAUGCACAGCUUUUUUCUAUUCUUAAUCAAUCGUUUGACAUCGCUGGCGAAACUAUUUAUAAGAAUUUCCCCUUUUUCAGCCUACUUUUCUUACCACUCUUCAUAUUUUUUUCUGUUAAUCUUCAGUAUUAUUGUGUAAAGCUUUGAAAGGCGAAAGUUGUCGAAAGUACGAGAGACUCUAAUCCAAAGUCAGAUGCUUUUUGAUUUUUUUCCAUUUUUCUAUUUAGCCAACUGAAUUCUAUUCUCCCUGCUGGGUUUUGUAGUUUUUCAAAAAAAUUCCUUCAAUCCAAUUGUAUCGGUUACUCAAAGGACGUUUUUUUCAUAGAAAAAAGGCGAAAAAUUUUUGCUAAAACACAAAAACAACGUGAGGAAUAUUGAAGAGGCGAAAAUUCUUGUUAUGUGAUUUAAUACUUUGUGAGGCGCAGCUGGAAACUUUGAUGGGAGAUGUUACUCCGGGACCAUUGCCGCUUCAUACAAGAGUCGCCCUGCCUGGCUUGACCGGUGACCAUUUGUAGGAAAAAACGAACAAACAAAAGAAAUCAUUAAAAACCCAAAAUUGAAAAAGCUCGUGCUGUUUACAACGUCGAAAGAUUUUCGCUCUUAACUGCUUACACUUUUUUCAAACCUAGUGCUACUUGUGUAUUUUUAAAAUAGUGGCUAUCGAUCUUAAUCGUUGAAUACUUAAAAAACGAAAAAAAAAAAACAAAAGGAAAAAUCUGUCACAUUUUUCCAUCGAUGUAAUUUUUUUUCAUUUUUUCCUGUGCUGUCGAAUCGUUCAUCGAUUAUUCUUUCAGUGCAGCCAAAAUUUUGCAAUAAAUUACUGCUCACCAGCCGUCGAAAUUUCAUUGGUGAAUUUCUUUAAAAUUUUUCAUGAAUUUUCCAACCGAAGGAAAAAAUAUUUAUCAUCCUUCAACGAACGCCGAAACGUGAUUUCAAAAUUGUUUGAUUUUUUGUCAAAGGAUGUUUACCGUCCGGUCAAUAAUUUCUCCAAAUUAUCAUCCAACAUGAGUUUCCUACGAGCAAUUUUUCCAGAAUUUUUUAGUCGAUUGAAAAAAUAGUGAACGAACAAUUUGACAGCGAAGGCCCAACUCUCGGUGCCAACUCCGCUAAGUAUUUUCUCGUCUCCUCAUUUCGUAGUAUUUUAAAUCGAGCGAAUCUCUUUGUUGGUUGGGAGACUAAAUAUGUGUAUGAUUUAAUGAUUUGGCUGUGAAGACGUUGUAGGACUUGAUAACGGUAAAUUUACAAGAGAGAAAAACAAACAUACGUAGAAAAAAGUUAGAACUUAAGGAUCCGGUCUCUCUCUUUCUCCGUUAGGCUGUUGCGAUGUAUAAAAAUAAUGAUUAUGAUGAUGAAACAGAAAUAGAUUUUCAACCGAGAGAUCAGAAUUGAUCUCUGUGUAAAAAGUACCUUUGCGAAUUAUUAUAUCUGGGAUACAAUCGAGCAACGAGUUGAAGGCAAAAAAUUAAGAUAUUUAAAAAUAUAUGAAAUAAUUGAGGGAAAAUACAAGAAUCAAAACGAUGGAAGAACGUCAAUUUUUGUAUCUUUUCUUUGACUCCAAUAACACGAAUCUCUGUACAGCUUUCGGCUUAUUUUCAUACUUGGAUUCUACAUAACGAUUAUUUACACAAAAAUAUUCAUUUUUUGUGCCUGAACAAUUUCUCCAUUUAAUACAAUCACCCUCUACACAGGAAUUUAAUUUUUAAUUACAUUGAAUCAAACUGAUUUUGAGGCUGCAAAUGGAGAUUUUCGCGAAACAAUUUCCAAUUAACUGGAAAAAAGUGGUAAAACUCGAUUCAAAUUCUUUUCUUCAUCCUUCCCACAGAAAAAUCUGAUGAAUUAUAAAAAUUUUCUUGAAUUUUUUGGAUUUUUCGGGUUCCAAAAAAUUUUCUUUUUAAAGAAUGAAUAUUUUUGUACUGAUAAAACGAAUUUGUGCUCUCGAAUCCUGGAACAAAACUCAAUGAAAAAACUGAGUAAUUUCUUAACAUUGGAGCUGAGGAGAAGAUACUAAAAAUGGAUAAUUUUCUGGCGUUCUUUGGAUUCGAGUUUUCCUUUCAAAUAAUAUUUAAGAUGCUUUUAUUGCUAUCGAUUUGUUUGUAUAUCUGAUAUCGUAUAUUUAUAUUAAAUGAAUAUAGUAAAUAGAUAUUAUUUAUAAAAUAUACACGGUGAAAAAAAACGAGAAAAAAAUUUCGUUUGUAUUGUAUAACGAUUGGACGAUGAUGUCUGCGAUGCCAUGUAAUAAAUACACAACAAAGAAGAGUGUGUGUGUGUGUUUAAUAUUUGAAGAGAGAAUAAAAGAAAAAAUAAAGAAAAAGUAACUUUGGGUAAGACUCAAA